CACGGAUAAAUGACGUGUAACUGGCUCUUGGUCACUUGUGAUCGGUCGUUGUCAUGGAGCUGUAAACAAUCAAACCCGCGCAAGUCGGUGGAGUAUCUUCCUACUUUUUUACUCCGUUUUAUAUUGAAAGUUGACCUGUUCCGUAUCAGAGUUGAUACAGAACAAUGUCGGAUGUAGGAUCUGAUGAGUUUGACGAGGAACACAAUAAACUGGGGGAAUAUGGAGGUGACAGAAAUGAAGCAGGAGAAAGGCACGGUUUUGGUAAAGCUGUUCUGCCUAAUGGAGACACUUACCAGGGACAGUAUGAGAAUGGCAAAAGGCAUGGACAGGGUACAUAUCGCUUCAAGAAUGGGGCAAGGUAUGUGGGUGACUAUUACCAGAACAUGAAACAUGGACAGGGAACCUUCUACUAUCCAGAUGGCUCUAAAUAUGAAGGGUCGUGGGUUAAGGACUUGAGAGAGGGUCAUGGUGUAUACAUUUACCCCAAUGGUGACAAGUAUGAUGGAGAGUGGCUGCAUCACGUGAGACACGGUCAGGGCAUUUAUCACUACCAUGAAACAGGCUCAAAGUUCAAGGGCUCAUGGGCGAAUGGCAAGAUGGAGUCAGCUGGAGAGUACAUCCACUCUAACCACAGAUACAAGGGUAACUUUGCCAACAGCUAUCCGUGCUGCCUGGGGAAAUACGUGUUUGACAUUGGCUGUGAGCAGCAUGGAGAAUACCAUCAAGUAGAGCAGCCAGCGAACACUGAGGAGAAUGCUAAAAAUAGAAAAGCUAGGAAGUCACCCUACUCGCAGUCCAGGGAGGGUUACCCCACCUUAAGGGCCUCGGGAGGAGCAGAGGAGGACCAUACUGAGAGUGAGUGGGGUGAGAAUGCCUCUACCACAGUCCUCAAGUGGAUCCCAAAGUGUGUUACUGGCCUGACGCUGUGGACCCCAGGCAAAGAGACUUCAGGUGAAAUUCACCAAUCCAAACUGGCAGCAAGGGGCAUGGCCAUAGCCAAGAUUUUACACAACAGAAUGCCAUCCAUCAAAGGCAUUUUUGUUAAGCCGCCGAACUCUUUAAAAUUUAUUUAAAAAAAUACAAACAAUUUGUGUUUAUUCUUUUAACCAUUAGCUUACAUUUUCUGUAGAUUAAAUAUAACAUAUGUCCCUAUAUUAGGGUCUAAAUGUUGUUUCAGAAGGCAGUAUGGUGACACAGUGGUUAGCA